ACAGCCACAAAGAAAGAGGAGAGUGACAUCAGGUUCAGUCUAUGGUCACACACAAGCCAGUCCAGAUUCCACCGUCGCAUUUUACAGCGGAAUGUUCACUCGAAGGGGGCAUGGAGACGUCAAGAAAUCUACACAGAAAGUUCUGGACCCAAAGAAGGAUGUUCUAACCCGCCUCAAACACCUGCGGUCGCUGUUAGAUUUCACGGAGAAGAACGAACUGAAGGCCUUCUUCGAUAGCAACUCUUCUCAGAUUUUUAUCUUCUAUGAAAAUUUUGUUACACUGGAAAGCAACUUAAAACAGAAAGGGAACAAAUCUCAACGGGAGGAGCUGGACUCUAUCCUCUUUUUUUAUCAGAAAAUUCUACAACUUCUGCCUGAGAAAAUCUACAGUCGAUGGCAGUUUCACAGCAUAGGUUCUAUUCUGAAAAAACUUCUACACACUGGAAAUUCAUUCAAGAUCCGCUGUGAGGGGAUCCGUCUCUUCCUGCUGUGGCUACAGGCCCUGAGGGACAACUGUGCAGAGGAGCAGUUUCUCAUCUUUGCCUGUCUAGUACCAGGAUUUCCUGCUGUGCCCUCCUCAAGAGGGCCUUGCACCCUGGACACCAUCAUUUACAACCCCUUCUCCACACCACCAGAUGCUAAGGUCGUGCCUGAGGAGAUUACCCCACUGGUACCAGCUGUGGCAGGGGAAAAGGUUGCAGAUGACCAGACCUGUUACAUCCUCGAUACCCUGCUGAAGUUCAUGGUGAUCCAGGCAUCCAGUUUAGAAUGGAGGAACAAAGAGAACCAGGACAGUGGCUUCAGGUUUCUCUUCAGCCUUUUCAAGAAGUACUACCUUCCACAUUUAUUUCCCUCCUUCACCAAGCUCACAAAUCUCUACAAGCCUUUAUUAGAACUUCCCCACCACAGACCAAAACCCUUGUAUGUGCCAGUGACGCGGAACAAUGAGAGCACCUUCUGCACUCGGGACCUGUACCUGGCACCCCGUGUGGCCUUCAUCACCUGGCUGGUCACCUUCUUCCUGGAGAAGAAAUACACCAGCAGUGCUGCAGCGGCGCAGAGCGCCAAGAACGGCACAGAGGUCAUUCCCAAACUCAUCCAGACUGUCACUGCAGGCAGUAGCAGCCAGGAGAAAGACAAGACAUCAGAUGGGGAUGCAAAUGCACCAUCGGGGGAGCCUGACAAGACCCACUCCAACAGCAGCACUCUAUCAGGUCGACGGCCAAGUGAUUCUAGCUUAUGUAGCAUUGAGGAGGAACACCGUUAUGUCUAUGACAUGGUGCACGCCAUCCUGCUGUCCACCAGGGACAAUGUCAAUUUUGUCAAUGAGGUCUUCCAUCAGGCCUUCCUGCUGCCUUCAUGUGAGGCAUCGGCAACACGGAAGGUGAUCAAAGUGUACAGAAAGUGGAUCCUGCAGGAGAAGCCCAGCUUCAUGACAGAACCUGACACUUCGAACCAGGAAGACGAAGUGGAUGACACGUCUCAACAGAGGCUCGGCACUGAGCCCAGCAGUGUUCAUGCACAGGUAUCAGAAAGUCACGGCCACAAGCGGUCCUCCAGCUGGGGGAGGACCUACUCCUUCAGUAGUGCCAUCAACCGGGGCUUUCUGACCGAGGAGCAGAACAGAGACAUCAAAGCCGGAAUCCAACCCACUCUGCAGGUGUUUCUGACCAAUUCAGCCAACGUCUUCUUGUUGGAACCCUGCCAGGAUGUGCCUAAACUCCUCGGAAACCAGGUCGAGUUGUGCAAAGGCGUUCUCAGCAUCUACCGGCACAUGAUCAUGGAGCAUACAAUGAACACACAGACAUGGGAGCAGCUGCUGCAGGUCCUCCUGAGGAUCACAGAGGCAGUGAUGAAGAGGCCACAGGAAAACCAAAGAAAAGACUCGUUUGCUGAAAGUUUAGCAUCGAUACUCUUCAGGACCAUCAUCGUGGCAUGGGUGCGAGCCAACCUGUGCGUGUUUAUCUCCCGGGAGCUUUGGGAUGAGCUGCUGGUGGUACUGUCCUCUCUUACCUGCUGGGAAGAGCUGGUGACAGAGUGGGCCAGCAUCAUGGACUCGCUGACAGCUGUGCUGGCACGCACAGUCUACGGUCUGGACAUGUCCAGCCUGCCUCUGGACAAACUCAGCGAGCAGAAGGAGAAGAAGCAAAGAGGACGUGGAGUGAUCCAAGAUUCCCAAAAAGCAGCAGCGGUGGCACGUUCCUUCUCGCUGAGUUGGAGGAACCAAGGAGAACAGGGUGGACCAGGAGUUCAGGAGCCCAUGAGAAUUCGCUCUGCAACCACGUCGGGCGCUCCUUGCGUGGAGAAAGCUCGCAACAGUGUCCGGCAGAAGGCGUCUGCUAAGCGGAGCCAGUCCAUCAGCAACUGUGCUCACCUUUACGAGGCUUUGCCCACUACUAAAAGUGUUCCUAUGCUGCUCCACACUGUCAGCUAUUUCUUGCCUGGUAUCUCUUCUGGUAACUCUGCUUGCUCUCACAGACUCUCAGACGUGGAGGAGUGUCAGCUGUCAGAAUGUGGUAGUGAGGAGGAGCUGAGAGGGGAGGAUAGCCCACUUCCACGGAGCAGUAGCACCUCUGACAUCACUCAACAAAUGUCUGACACUUUACCAGCCCAGAACAGAGAAUGUUCCCCUGCCUCCUACGGUUCUUCUGACACUCGGGCAUCCCAGGGCAAAACGGAAAGCAGUGAAAUGCCAAUGAUCCUUAUCCGGAGGAGCAGCAGUCCCCCUGACAUGGACUGUAUUGCAGAAGGACACACAAGCUACACCACAAGGCCUAAGCCCAGAGAAAAAAGUGAGAGCGUCAGCAGCGAGACGUCCAUCGGCUACCUGAAUGAAGCUGGGGUUACCUGGCAGGCCUUUGAUGAGGAUGCCGACAGCCAGUCAACCCAGUCGACUCACAUGGACGUUACAGCUGAUCCCCAGAACCAGGGCAGUCUGCUGCUCAGCCACAAUGAGGCUCUAGCAGGUCCUGAGUGUGUCCACCCUUCCCACUCCGCUCCCCCGAUCUACCACAUCCACUUCCCCCAGAACCCUCCCGCCUCACCAGCCCUGCUGGUGCACACAGAGUGCCCACGGGAUUACCCCCUGGACGACACCAUGCAUAAGUCUGUUUUACACAUGCCACACCGCCUGGACAGCAGUGAGUGUCUGGCUGAUGAUGUCAGCAUCAUUGCGGGUGGCACCUUGACAGGUUGGCAUGCGGAUUCAGCCUUUGUCCUCUGGAGGAGGAUUUUGGGAAUCCUAGGAGAUGUCAACAACAUCCGCUGCCCUAAAAUCCAUACCAAGGUCUUCUCCUAUCUCUAUGAGCUCUGGCACAAGCUGGCCAAGAUACGAGACAACCUUGGGAUCAGUGUGGACAACCAGUCUUCUCCUCCCCGGCCUGCCUUCAUCCCUCCUCUCCGAAUGCUUUCCUCCUGGCUCUUCAGGGCCACCAUGCUGCCAGCAGAGUACAAAGCCGGCAAGCUGCAGGCCUACAAGCUGAUCUGUGAGAUGAUGACCAGACACCAGGACGUGCUCCCCAGCAGUGAUUUUCUUGUGCACCUCUACCACAUCAUGCACAAGGGCUUCACCAGUCAUGACCAGGAUAUUUUGAACACCAUCAUCCGAUCCUGCUCUCCUCGAUUCUUUUUCCUGGGCCUGCCGGGCUUCACCAUGCUGAUUGGAGAUUUUGUCACCGCUGCUGCCUGCGUUCUCAGCUCUGAGUCCACGGAGGCUCCGAGAAUGGAAGCUCAAACAAUCCUGGGCUCCCUCGUGUGUUUUCCUAACCUUUACCUGCAGAUUCCUCUGCUGUGCGCUGUGCCCGGGUCUGAGGAAAUUGUUGUAGACAAAGAAGAUAUUAAGGAUUAUCUGGUCAAUGUCCUGCUGCAGACGGCAACAACUGAAUACUGUGAAGAGGCCAGGUGCAUCGCCGUGUGCAGCCUCGGUCUGUGGGUGUGUGAGGAGCUCACGCAAAAGCACAUCCACCACCAGGUGAAAGAUGCCAUCAGUGUCCUUGGAGUAACACUAAAGUUUGGGAACAAAGCCGUGGCACAAGUGGCAUGUGACAUCUUUCAGCUGUUCAUCUCCCACUGGGAACAUCUCCAGAGAUUAGAAUCUGCUCUGCCCAAGAAGAUCAUCGAGAUCUUUGUGGCCACAAUAGCCUUUUUGUUGCCGAGCGCAGAGCACUCAACAGUGGAAGCAGACAAAAAGGUGAUGGUUUCGCUGCUUCUCUGCCUGUUGGAUUGGUGUAUGGCCGUACCUCUGAGUCUACUGCUGGAGCCCGUCUCCAUGCCUUCACUGGAGGACCGCAACACCCACAAGGCACCGCUGCUAGACUACAUCUACAGGGUGCUGCACUCCUGUGUGUCCAGCUCCAGCCUGCACACCCAGCAGAGUCACUACCUCCUCAGCCUGUCAGACCUCUCUGCCGAAUACGACCUCAUGUUGGGUCAGGUUAAGAGCUGUGAACCAGCAGCCUCCCAGGCCACCAACACCGCCACAGACUUUGGCAACUUGCUCACCGUAGCUGAGGAAAAGAGACGUCGGAACAUGGAGCUGAUUCCUCUGACGGCGCGGAUGAUCAUGACUCAUCUGGUGAACCAUUUAGGCCAUCAUCCAAUGAACGACGGCCCCGCCCUUCUCCACAGCCUAGUGAGCGAGAAUCACGACAACCCCUACGUGGAGUCGUCCGAGCUGUCCUCAGAGGUGUUUAAAAGCCCCAACCUGCAACUUUUUGUCUUCAAUGACAACACACUGGUGUCCUACCUGCAGGUCCCUGCUGAGAACAUGACUGUUGGACAGCCCCCCCACCCGUCUUCUCUUGUACGUGUCAUAGUCCGCGACAUCUCGGGCAAAUACUCAUGGGAUGGUGCAAUCCUCUACUGCACCAACCAGGAAGAUUCUGUUGAUGUGGACGUCUUUGAAGCUGUGGACCGCCCUCUUUCAACAACCUCAACAGUCACUCCUAACAGAACCCAGCCGACCUCCCCAACUAAAAAACCAUACAGCCGUGAUUGCUCCGUCUCAGACUCUCUUUCGGACUGUUGUGAGGAAGAAGAAGUAGAUGUUCUGGACCAGCUGUUGGAGGAUCUGGGGCACAGCAGCCCAGAAUGUCUAACUCAGCCGCAACGUAGGCUCAAUCAGCCAGCCCCCUCACCGUGUGGCAUGAACCGAGAGCAGGAAGGAGCCAUUUUGGAAGCCAUUCUCUGUCAGACUCAGCAGGAGGAGGCCCAAGUCAGGAGGUGGGCUGCUGAUGUGAGCUUUCGGGCUGCUUGUCACAGCGAACCCUCCCACCAGGAACCAAAAGCACCCUUCUACUUCUGCCGACUGCUGCUUAAUGACCUUGGCAUGAACUCUUGGGAACGCAGGAAAAACUUCCAUCUGCUGAAGAAAAACUCUAAACUCUUAAGGGAACUGAAGAAUUUGGACUCCAGACAAUGUCGAGAGACGCACAAGAUUGCUGUGUUCUACAUUGGAGAGGGCCAAGAGGACAAGUGCUCUAUCUUGUCCAACUGUACAGGCAGCAAAGCCUAUGAAGACUUUGUCUCAGGACUAGGAUGGGAGGUGGGUCUGGCUACACACUGCGGCUUUAUGGGAGGCCUCCAGAGGAACGGCAGCACGGGUCUAACAGCUCCUUACUAUUCUACCUCCACUGUGGAAGUUAUCUUCCACGUCUCCACACGUAUGCCAUCGGAUUCCGAUGAUUGUCUCACCAAAAAGACCAAGCUGACGCUCCCUAUCAAAAGCCUUACUGAGGAGUUUAGGGUUAUCAGAGCAAGAGAGGUGCUCCAAUAUAGGGAUUCCAAGGACAUGAAAGUAUCCCAAGCAGGUAUUGAGGUGAGGACUGGCAGAAAGUGGAAGGCACAGGAAGCUGUGGACCAGGCAGAAGCACGGCUGCGUCACAAGGAGCUUGUGGGUUCUGUGGCAAUCGGCCGGGCGGGCCUGGGUACUAUCCCAACAAUCCACUAUAACAAAACUGAGGGCAAGCUUACAGUGCCCUGGGAGGAGAGAAUGAAGGAAGCCAGUGAGAGGAAGAGGGAGAAGUAUGCUGAGCUGGUGGAGUGUCGCAGACGGGGGUGGCAUGCAAGGUGCCUUCCCGUUGAAGUUGGAGUAAGGGGCUUUGCAGGAAAGUCACUCUGCAAGGCCUAUAGCCUCCUGGGUAUCACCGGAGCACGCAAGAGAAAGGCCAUCACUGCAGCAUUCGAGGCUGCAGAGAGAGCUUCACGCUACGAGGAGCGGGCGCUCUACUUGGAGGCCAUCGUUCAGAACCACAGAGAGGUCAUGACCUUUGAGGACUUUGCCUCACAGGUCUUCUCUCCGUCUCCUGGAUAUCCACUGAGUGGGACAGGCUCCUUCAGCGGAAGCUCGACGGCUGAUUGCAGCACUGCGGCGGGACCAGCGGACCCCGUCGACCAGGUCUCUCCCACUAUGCCGCGUGCCACACGGAACAGGGUUUCCGGGAAACUCCGCCGAUCAGCCAGCGCAAUAAGCAAAUCCUCCAACUGAGCUCUUUAACCUCUCCUCCUCUUCCUCCUCAAAAUUCCAGCCUUUAAUCUUUUCACAUUCCCCAUCGUGACUGCAAGACUUUUGUCUUUUUCUUGAUUUUGUUGGGGGUUUUUUUUAUGUUUGUUUGUUUUUUCAUGCAACUGGAGCAAUUUUGCAAUUUUUAAUUUAAGAAGUGAUAAUUAUGGAUUUUUCAUUGAUACAUGUGUUAACUGUUUAAUUAAUCUGAUCAGACUAAUUUGAGGGUUCCGUUUUUUUAAUCCGCGCCCCUCUGAGUCUGCCAUAUAAGACUUGAAGUCUUUAUGCAUCUUGUGCUAAAAAUGCAGUUUUCUUCUCCUUUUCUUGUGCCAGUAAAUACUUACUAUAGGAAGUGAAAGGGAGGUGAUGAUUUUUUUUUUCCUUUCCUCUCUCUCGUUCUGCGUCUCACUUAAUGUAAUGAAGCACUGAAUGAUGGCGGUAAAUGCUAAAACUGUGCACAUGCAAAUCUUUGCCUUUUUACCUCCUUUUCCACAGCCUACCUGUGUGUCGGACACGACUACGUACAAAACAAUGAUGUCCACGUCUUAAAUAUGUCAGUAGCACCCGUCUGGACCGGGAUUGAGGAACAGACUGAUAUCGUCGGUGCAGAUGCACUUUUUAGCUGUUCCGACUCCGAGAGGACAAUCAAUGACGUCUUUCUAACUCGAGCUGGAUUGAGAUUUGUUUGAGGUAUUUUUUUAAUCGCUCUAAUUUUCCUUUUUAAAUGGAUUCCGAUGGAUUUUGUCACAGUUUGAUUGAUGCGGCUCUGCUGGAACGAGAAAAGACUGCGAUUGUAAUUGUUUUCUGAUGUCGUUAACGUGGGCUCAAGUCCGGUAAUUGAAUAUGUUCUUCCUGUCUCUUUCCUCCAUCGGUUUGUCCUGCGACGCUCAGACAUUGACAUUCCAACAUUCCCGACGUCUUUGUUUUGUUUUUGCACUCGUCGUCACCGAUAAACUUUCAUUGAAUGUUUCUUUUUCUUGGAUGUAAUUUGCUUUUUAAGUGUAAUUUGUUGGUGUUUAUUUGACUUUGAUUAUUUGCUGUAGUGUUGUUUUUAUGUGUUCACGCGCUGUUUAGAGGAAGAAUGAGCCUCAGGUGAAUCUGAACUCCGUGCACUGCUCUGUGUGUGUGUGUGUGUGUGUGUGUGUGUGUGUGUGUGUGUGUGUGUGUGUGUGUGUGUGUGUGUGUGUGUGUGUGUGUGUGUGUGUGUGUGUGUGUGUGUGUGUGUGUGUGUGUUUGAGCGUGAGACAUGGACACAAAGCUGUGGAUACAUCACGGUGCAUGGAUGAAGGGUCCAAAAUGCAACUGUAAAACUUGUCAGUUGAUUGUAAUUGUUUAAUAAUCACAUUAACAAGGGGUUUUUAACUUAAAAAAAAAAAUAGAGUGCAAGGACAUUCACUGCCAUGGACUAGUUUUUCCCUCCUGAUUCCGACUGUUUUUGCAUUUUUGACACAGUAUUGUCAUAAAUCUUAAAAUGGGAUGACCUGAAUAAUAGCAAUAGUUUUAUUUUUUAUAUUCAUAUAAAAUAAGAGAAAGUUACCCAACAUCUUAACUGAUGACAUCACGCUUGGACAUCGGACUUGUUUUGGUCUCGUCAUCAUAGAGGAUUUUUCUUUUUUCCUUUUUUUUUAUUUGGUCACCAUUCUUUGCAUAAUUAUUUGAAUUCAGCCACAUUUUUGAACAUUAAGUGCGUGUUUCAUCCUGCAGCGUCUCACUGCUUCUCAGCUCUUCACAUUCUAAGACACGGGUUUGGUUCAGGAGCUGGGCCCCACUGUUCGGCUCACGCACAUCCAUCGGACUCGUUCUGUCACCAGCAGGGGUCACGGCUGUCUCAGCUGUGAAGCUGCAAACCGUCACCGUCUUUGCUUUGGGUCCCGCGUGUGUCAGGACUUUGACCCCAGACAGUCUGGGAAUCAUCGAGGUGUGUUUGUGUCCAACGCGAGCGGAGUCUUUAUGUUCCUCUCGGGUUGCGGUGACUUUGCUCAGCCUCUUCGUGUUCAUGGAGUUGUGACCUCUGACCUUAAAUGAUCUGAUUUAGGUUAUUUAGGUGUUAAUCUGGGAUUGAAGCCAUGUGUUGUUUGUGUGUGCUUCUGGUUAGUUUUUGGAACCUUAGAAAUGGUUCUGGAACCCUCUGCAUAUGAAAGUGUUUCAGUAACUGUCACUCUGUAAAACCUCAUCAUUUGCCUUAAAAAUAUUGUUGAAACAGAUUACAUAAAAAGUUUUUAAGUGGUAUGGAAUUUUUUAAGUUACUUAAUAAAGUUCCUUUUAACUUAAUUUUUUUAUGUAAUCUGAUUCAGCAAUUUUUAUUUUUAGUUAAAUUAGUUAUUAGGUUUUACAGUGCACCUCUCACAGCCUCAUGCGCCACUUUAUUAGACGUUUGAAACUAUUUCACAUUAUUUUAAGUGUCGAAUCUGACGUGGAACGUUGGGCGUGUCCACGCUAAUUAAACCCACGUGUCAUUUUAUUUGAUUACUUCGUCACAGAGUUAACGUUGGAUAGCCUUUUUUCUUUAUCAAAGUUAAACUGAGUUAACAACUGCACUUUGAGUUGUUUGUACAAUAGUUCUGUGAACCGGACCUACAAAAGGAAACUUAAUACAAUUAAUUACAUUUUAGAGUGUAUAAACUUUAACAGUUAAAAGAGUAAAAACAUGCAAAAAUAAAAGAAAUCAUGAAGAAGGCAAACACUUUAUUCUGUCUCAUUUCAGCUCCCAUCCCUCCUGCACUCUUGAAAAAAAAAAAAGAUUUUAAUGCAUUUAAAUGCAGCUAAUUAAAUUAUGAGCAAACUGUGAUGCACCAGGAAUCUGUGUAGCAUUGUUGAAUUGCGUGUGUGUGUGUGUGUGUGUGUGUGUGUGUGUGUGUGUGUGUGUGUGUGUCCAUAAAGACAUUGCUGCACGCCGCCUCUGUUCGCUGUAAUCACAUUUGUUUUUCUUCAUAUGAUGCAAACGAUGGACAACCAGCGCUGCUGUCCUGCAUUACAUCUCAAAACACUUUUUUUGGGGUAGGGGUGUUUUCUGUGUGACCCUAAAGGUCAGUGUCUCGCACUUCCCGCCACGGCAUCAGAUGGAUGUGGAAGUCGGCUCUCUGUUUGGUCUUUAUUCGAGGUACUGCCGUGCGAUGCUGUUAUAUUUGAGUGGGGUUCUUUUGCACCAGCUCCUCCUCUUUCCCAUCAUCCUCUUCCCUCGUCGGCUCCCAAGGCGGAGGCGGGGUUACACAAUGUGCCAGAGAUGAACUCUGCCAGCCUUUCCUAUUGCAACAACUGGCCUGGUGCUCCGCCCCUCCACCUUCCCCACUGUUGUCAUGGCAGCCAGGUGCUUUCCCCCCCCCCCCCCCCCCCCCCCCCCCACACACACACUGUGGAAUCGCACCCUCUGAGGUCUCUGCCCAAACUGUCCCCGUCUGCAGCGCUGCUCUGCCUUACUUUCCCCACGGCCUCAUUUUGGUCUUGCGUCACCUCCUUUGUGUCUCUGAGAGUUUGAACCCAAACUGGAGGACGGAUGAGCUGAGACAAAAAUCCACUUCAGUGUGAAGAAUGUACACACGGUCUCUUUCAAAGUUUACUGACCCGAUGUGAAGACUGUCAGUGAUGACUGAUGCUGCGUUCAGCCUGAUGUGGGAAAUCAGAGUUUCAUACGUCCUUUUUGUAAAGACAUUUGCCGUCAUCUCUUAGAAAUGUACUCGUCAUAUGUUGUUUUCACCUGGUCAGAUCUAUUCGACGUAGGCAAUGAAUUCACCAAAUUUUUCAUAAGUCGACAUACGCUGACUAAAUUGUCAGGGCGUAACCAGUGAAUGUUUAAAGGAUAAGUUCACUUUUCCCCCCCCAAACUGAGAUAUAUUAAGACAUUAGAUUAUUGGCAAUCAAAUGUCAGUUUCUGCUCACAUUUGCCAGUUGCUUUCUUUGCAAGAUUACUUAGAAAACUGAGGAAGUUAAUCCAAGAUCGUCGAUGGGGAAACGCUCCUCAAAGGUAGAAAAAUUAAAGCAACAAAAUAACGCUGGUGACUUUUUUUUAAAUCUUCAAAUUGUUAAUGGAACAACAUGUUUAGAAGAAAUAUGUCCAGUUCGGUUGGUUUCUUUCCCACAUAAUGUGUCAACUCUCCAGUUUUGUUAGCGCGGAUGAAGCAGACCAUAAAUAAGCCUAAUAUUAAUUUAAUAAUAAUAAUUUUGUGAAUCAUCAUGAAGUGUAUGAAAGUGUUGGCAAUGGCACCAUAUUAGCAUACAAAUAAACACAGUUUUUAUCCCCGCUGGCCCACAGGGCAAUUAUGUCGUGGCGAUUUCUGUCUGUCUGUCUGAAAUCAACAUCUCUCACACGUUUAAGAGGAAUUUAGUGAAUCUUGGUGUAAGUCCUUGUUACAGGUUGGCAAUACACAUAUUAUAAUAUCAUUCACGUUGGGCCCAUUUUACCAGAGUUAUGGCCUUUGAUUAACAAACACAGCCACUGCCAGUUUCAGGAGUUGUCUGCAUUCUGAGAUCAGCUAUCACAUACCUUUGAAAUGUUAUCAGAAUGUAGCGAGCACUUGGUACCAAAGCAGCAUUUGCCAGCGGGGAUGUUGUGCUCUCAAAGCACUCUUAAGUUUAUUUAGAGCCCAACUGUUGCCAUCAAUUUUCUUUCAUUUUAAUAAAUGAGAUUUCUUAUACAGUGCAUUUAUCAAAGGUCAAUAAAACACAGAACGUUUUCAUUUCAAUAAGUUCGUUGUUUAAGUGAAAACAUUAACGUUUUGCUGAACACCCUUUUUGAAAAUCCAACCCUGACAGUCAAGUCAGUGCAAGAAGGCUAACGCUGCCGGCUAAUGAACGAACAACAGCAUGAACUGACCCGCGAGCGGGAAGGCGUAACGAUCCAUGGACGAAAUGUCUCUAAAACAAUCCACAGCAGGCAAACUGCAUCCAGAAAUGGCAAGGAAUGAGCUACAACGUGCAAACCGGCAGAAUGUAAAUAAUGCAGUAACAUUUUGACCUCACAGUUAGCGUUUUCAAUAAGGUGAAGUCAUCAGAAUCAUUAAUGCUGUCGCUCAAGUUUGACAGCUUGCAAGGCUGGCUUCUGGGCUAACAAGCUAGCAGAGUUUGUGGUUUGUCUUGUUCGCUUUUCUCAAAUGUUUUACCUCUAAUGCUGUUUGAAAGGUUCACUUUUGUAACAUUUUAGUCCAUUUUUAGUUUCCACUUCAGUGUUUUAAUGCACAGGUGAUGAAAAUGUUGAUUAAUUAUUAUAUUGUUCAAUCAACAGAAAACUAAUCGUUACCUGUUUUGAUCGUCGUGUACGUUAUUUAAGACAGCAGCUUCUCCAUCCUUUGUCUAACAGUUUAACAUAUUUGUGGAUUAAACUAUUACUUAGCCUUUUAUAUAAUGGACAGAUUAACAGAUGUCGAGUCUUUUUCCCAGUUUAAAAAUUUUGGAUUUCCUACAGAAGGCGAACGCAGCGUUUGUUUCAACAGAAAUGUUUGUGUUUGUGAAGAAAAUGAGCUUUUUUGGGUGGGGGGGUCAUUUCUGUUCUUUAAACCCCCCAGUCUGGAUUUGUAUAUUGUGUCAAAAAGGAGGACUUCAACUCCUCUGACUAUAAAUAUAUUAAUGCCUGUAAUAUAAUCUUUGUACCGGAGGG